AUGGUCAUUCUCGGCAUUGGGUCUUCCGCGAGUGUCGAUACACCACCCAGUCAGACCGACAGCCUACUCGAUCCCUCGACAGUGCCCGUGGUAAUAUCUGGAUGGAGCACCGCCUUUGGAGGCCCUCAGGCUCUUCCAGCAGAGAAGCUGAUUGAGAGACGCCUCCGUCUCCAGAACCAAUCCGAGCUCCGGGUGUGGGAAGAGACCGGAAACAAUAUUGCACGACACAUCUGGGAUGCGGCUUUGGCUGCUGUAAUGUGCCUGCAGCGUGGCAUCACCGACCCCGGAGCCACGGCGAUGCCACGGCUGCAGGACCAUCUACGAGGUCGAGGUGACCAGACGCUCCGAGUCGUGGAAUUGGGCUCCGGCUGUGGCAUUGUCGGCAUCGCUCUGGCCGAGAUGAUGCCUCGAUGCGCAGUUACGCUUACAGAUCUACCGGAGGUGGACGACAUUGUAGCACGCAACAUCAAGGCCGCACAUCCCGCACGUGGAUCGACGAUUGAUUUCCGGGUUCUGGACUGGGAUCAAGCGCCCGGCGAAGACGUAUUCAGCCAGCCCGUCGACCUGGUUUUGGUCUCAGACUGUACCUACAACGCCGACAGCCUGCCCUCGCUGGUCCGGAUGAUCGAUGCCCUGGUCCGGCGGUCGUCCAACGCCCUCGUGCUGGUGGCACUCAAAAGACGUCAUGACAGUGAAGCCGUCUUUUUCGACCUCAUGCACGAUGCCGCCUUGUCGACGCUGGAACGCGACACCAUCGCCCUCCCGUCUCCUUACGCAGACGGGGACGAGGACCUGCAGGAGAACACGAUCGAGAUCUACCUUUUCGGACGCAGCAAGUCUCGCUCCUAG